UAUUUUGCCGAAAAGAAAAAGAAAACCUAGAACUUGCCUCGGCUUACCAUUCCUCUUUCAGUUUCCUAAUCAACCCUUUAUAUUUAUACUCUCAUUUUCUCUGGUAAUAAUUUAUCAUACCAGGCAAGGAUGUUGAUGACCAGGAUGUUGUCACGCCUUUCGAGGAGCGUGGGCCGACGCUCUCUGGUUCUACACUCGCCGUCUCCGUCCCAUAAUCACCACCUCUUGCCGAUCCUCUCUCAUCAGUUUCACUCUCUUGUUCAUGAGUAUGGAUAUCCUGACAAGUGUAUUACAAGGAAGGUGUGUCUGUUUCAUCAUUCAGCACUAAACUCCCCUCCUUUUCAAAAUUUUGGGUUCACUUCAUCUGCAUCUCCUGAGCCUACUGAAAAGGAGCAGGGGAGUGCUGUAGACUCCAACUGUGAUCCCACAAAUGCAGAGUCAGGAAAAACAAAUGGAAGUGCAGACCUUUCUGAUAAGACAGAAGAUUCAGUUUUGCAUGAGACCAAAGAGUCAGGUUUCAACUCAGAGUCCCAACAAACCAUAUCCCGAUCUGGUAAAAGGAGGAGAGUUACUAAACGAACUGCCUAUUCUGAUUCAGAUUCUGAGGCUGGGAGUGAUCUAUCUAUGGAUGAUUUGGUGAAGCUUGUGGCGGAGAAGGAGGAACUCCUGGAGGCAAAGCAUAAGGAGAUUGAGACAAUUCAAGAUAAAGUUCUCCGCGCAUAUGCUGAAAUGGAAAAUGUCAAGGAAAGAACAAAACGUGAAGCAGAGAACUCUAAAAAGUUUGCCAUACAGAAUUUUGCAAAGAGCCUACUUGAUGUUGCAGACAAUUUGGGAAGAGCUUCAUCAGUUGUCAAAGGCAAUUUCUCAAAAAUCGAUGUUUCUAAUGACACUGCCCAGGUAGUGCCACUCCUUAAGACGCUUUUGGAAGGAGUUGAAAUGACUGAGAAACAGCUUGGAGAGGUAUUUAAGAAGUAUGGAAUAGAGAAAUUUGAUCCAACAAAUGAGCCAUUUGAUCCACAUAGGCAUAAUGCAAUAUUCCAGGUUCCAGAUGCUUCUAAGCCUCCAGGGACAGUAGCUGCUGUUCUCAAGGCAGGAUACAUGCUCCAUGACAGAGUUAUUCGACCAGCUGAAGUCGGCGUUACUCGAGAAGUGGAGAAUGGUGCUGAAGCAAAUGAAUAGGGAGUAGGAAGGCACUUAUACUUGAAGAUAUGACAUGGUAGAGAUUCCUAAGUUUUGUGUUCUUCCCAGAAGAAUGAGAUGUAACAUUUCUUGUCACAUUCAACUGUGCCUUGAAAAGGACUUGGCUUUUUUAUUUCUCCCAUGAUCCCUUAUAGUCCUCGAAGAUGAUGCAAUGAUAGGGCCUUUGCUCUGAAUAUUCUUCAUGCUUUAGAUGCUGUUUUGAGCUAGAGGAGGGCAGACGGCAAUUUGUUGACAGUUAGGGAUAUAUCAUUGGGAGUUGCUGGUAUCACUGCUGUCAUGUUAUUUUGUGUUCGUGACUUUAGAGGACUGCUCUCUGUUGUGUUGUAGAAAAGAAGUGUCUCAUCAUGGAAGCAAGUGUUCGCAAUUUGUGGGAGGAGAUUCAACCAAAAUAUUCAGAUAAUUAUCGAACCCGCGCGUAUUGCACUUCUGGAAGCGGAAUCAACAGCAGUGUUCAUAAUCCUCGCCAUGACUUUUGAGUAAUUCUGGAUUUGAAACAA